AUGGUCAAGGAAGUAGAGGGGACAUUCCCUGUCGGGGACGUCAGUCUCUACACGAAGUCAUACCUGCCGGAUGGCCCGCUCAAGGCCAAGAUGAUCAUGAUCCACGGCUUCUCGGACCACAUGGGCCGGUACUACGACUUCUUCCCGACGCUCGCGCGGGCGGGCAUCGCAGUCCACGGCCUUGACCAGCGGGGCUGGGGCCGCAGCGUGCAGAAGUCGUCCCAGCGCGGUCUGACCGGACCGACGUCACAGGUGAUAUCGGAUAUCGCCGCCUUCAUCAAGUCUCACCUGCCGUCGGAUGUGCCAGUCUUCGUGCUCGGCCACUCCAUGGGCGGCGGGCAGGUGCUGACGCUGGCCAGCUCGCCCGAGUACGACGGCCUGAUCAAGCAGGUGCGCGGCUGGAUCCUGGAGUCGCCGUUCAUCGGGUUCACGGCGGAGGAGGAGCCGGGCUGGCUGACGGUGUUCUCGGGCCGGCUGGCGGGCCGGCUGAUGCCGCACUUCCACCUGUACCGGCCGAUCGCGCCCGAGAAGAUCAGCCGCGACCCGGAGGUGGUCAAGAGCAUCAAGGCGGACAAGCUCAUGCACGACACGGGCACGCUCGAGGGCCUGGCGGGCCUGCUGGACCGCACGGGGGCGCUGUCCAAGGGCGAGGCCCGGCUCAGCGGCAACGUGCGCAGCCUGGUCCUCAUGCACGGCAACGCGGACCGCGUGUGCAGCUUCGACAAGUCCAAGGCGUGGUUCGAGCGGCAGACGAUCGAGGACGGCGAGUUCAGGGUCUUUGACGGGUUCUACCACCAGCUGCACGCGGACCCGGGCAAGGAGACGUUCUACGAGGGGGUCAGGGACUGGAUUCUGGAGAGAAGCAGUGGCAAGGGCGAGGCUGCUGCUGCAGAGGCUGGUCCGGACGUCAAGGUCCAGGCCGAGAGUCCUGCCGUGGCGGAAGCCGAUGGCAGUGUUCCGGGAUCCAAGUUGUGA